AUGGCCUCUGAACCGGGAGGAUCCGGCCUCUCACAUCCACCUACCUGGCAACCGCAGGAUGCAGACCUAGAAGCCAGGGGUGGCGAGACCCAGCCAGGGCUUGGAAGAGGAUGCCGCCCAGAAUGGAUCCCCGGGCCCUUCCUGCAGCAAUCUGACGCUGCCCUCCAGCCUACACCUCCCUCAGAGGAAGGGGCCAAGGGAGACCCCGCCCGAAAGGUCUUAAAAGCAGUGGGGGGGAGGGGCCGGAGGGGGAUCAGGGCAAGCCCUGUUAAUGCAGGAAAGGGGCGGGGGCUGGAGGGGGAGGACAGAGAAGCCUCAGGACGUCAACUCUGCAUCCGCAGGCUGCCCCGCACCGGCUCCAGCCUGCAGCCUCCGUACGCCCUUAGCCGGCUCGCUACCGAGGUCGCCUGUCCAUUCUCUCGCUCAUCUCCAUCAUCUAACCACCACCCACCACCCCUGCGCCAUUCACUAAUACUCUCGCUGGCCUGCCCCACCCCGCCUGCCCCGGCCGAUCCCACGUGCCGAGCCCUCCUCACCAGGGUCCUCCUGGAACCGCUCCGGCCCUGGGCUGGUCAGCGGCUCCCACCGUCCCCGCCCGGCGGGGCACAGAGCCGAGGGGAGGGGAGGGGCGCUGGGCCAACCCGCUCCGCUGCGCAGCCGCACCCCUCCGCGCAUGGGCGUGGUGUAGCCCAGCCCCGCCUCCCCGCGCCUGACGUCUUGCCUGUGUCACCCACCUAG